AUGGCCUGCACACAAAUAGACGCAAUCAAGCAGACGAAGCGAUUUUACAAUCCGAGGGAAAAUAUCAACUGGACUUUGAUUCGAUUCAGACACAGAGUAUCCCAAUUAAGAAAAAAAAAAUUAAAAUAUAAAAACCACUCCAAAGUUGCGUUACGAUUUCGCUUAACCAGAUUUGGAUGGGAGAGGUUACAGUCAGGUCGAAAUGCGAGUAAAAAAAAUUUGUCCAUUAAAAAGUGCAAUGAAAAAAUGAAAAUAAAAUACGUUUCACGGGAUGACAUCAAGAAGUUCAAGUUCCAAAUGCCCAGCUAUGUCCUGCGGAUACGCGACUCCCCGGUUGAUUAUAACCCCAACAUUAUGCGCGCCCGCAAGUUCUUGCCUUCGCACUUCGGUUAG